AUUGUGUAGUACUUGUAGAUCGAUCACCAUUACUUUCGAUAGGUAAUGAGGAUAUCGAUUUCGCGAUCUUUUAGAAGGGUAAUGGCCGAAAGUGAGUGUAAAUAAUGAAUUUUCGUUAUGGCUUUUCUUUGUCCCGUACGUAUACGAAGAGGAAAGAAGAAGAAAAGUGCCGGCGAUGUGGACAAAGAUUUGGUGCGUGCUCCAGGAAUGGGAAGAAUUACUGGAAGUGCAUCAAUAGAAACUUUAGUACGUGUUGGGAUUGAAAAGGAAAAUGGCUUGGCUCCAGAUAGCAAAAUGGUUGUACUCCAUGACUUCACACCUUGUGUUGAUGAUGAAUUAGAAGUUGUUAACAUCUUAUAUCGUGAAAAUGAUUGGGUUUAUGUGAUAGCUGCUGACAGUAGGCAGGAAGGUUUUAUUCCACAUUCCUACUGCACAGCAUACAAUUCACAUCUAGGAGAACUAGCUCUAAGCAAUGUUAAAAAGAAAUUGCCUCGCGAACAGAGAAAUUCAAGUAAUGGAAACAGCACACCAUCAAAUUUGCCAGUUAUUCCAGCAACUGCAAGUACAACUACCACUACUGUAGCUGCUGCAAUUACUUCCUCAGGUUUAAGUGGUGGAGAAGCUGGCGUUGGAGAAUCGGAUGCACAAGAUAGCAGAACAGGAGGUGGAGAUGUUUCAGACUGUGAAAGUUAUGGAAAUAAAAAAUCAACUGCUGCAACUCAGCAGUUAAAUAUUACAAGUUCUCAAGCAUCACUUCAUAGUGAUCCUUCUGGUCGAUACAUAGUUUUAUAUACCUUUAUUGCUCGUGAUGAAAAUGAUGUAAGUGUCGAAAGAGGCGAAUUUGUGACUGUUUUGAACAGAGAAGAUCCAGAUUGGUAUUGGAUAGUUAGAAGUGAUGGACAAGAAGGUUUUGUGCCAAGUGGUUUUGUGUACCCUGCCAACGUUAUUCAGGGACAUUUAACGCAAACAAAUAAUCAGAAUGUUAAUAACAAUUUUGCAUCACCUAGUAAUGCUCAUCUACUUACGUCACCAUCCAAUGAUGACUUACGAUAUCAUGGAACAGAAUUAGUGAUGUUAUACGAUUAUAAAGCUCAAGCUCCUGAUGAUUUGUCUGUAAGACGAGGAGAUUGGAUUUAUGCAGAUCUCAAUAAUCAAACUGUCGAUGGAUGGCUCUGGGCAUAUGCUCCCAAAACUCGCAAAUAUGGCUUUAUUCCUAAAGCUUAUGCUCGACCUCCUGCAAUGACGAGCCUCUAGCAGUUUAUAAUUCAUUACAGUUGUACAAAUAAAUAGUUGUAGCAUAGAUGUGAUAGAAUUUUCACAUCUGAUAAUUGUUUCUGUGAUUACCAUCUGGAAUGGUUAUAACUUGUGGAGUGUUUAUAACUAAAUAUUGCUUUGAUGGCUAACACCAGUUGACAGGUUAUGAAUGUUAUUUGUAAUAGUGGUAUUGUAUAUAUAGGGACCUGUUGUGUAAAGGAUUUACUGAAAUUUACUGGAAAUAGUAUAUUUGUACAUUCAUUUGUUACCAGUGUUUUUGUACUAUUUACAAUUUAAUACAAAUUGAUCUGGUCUUCCCCUGAUUCUACCUGAAUGUACUGUACAUGAAGUGAACUAUAAUAGUGGUAUUAUUCUGUUACUAGAAUUGCAUUUAUGAAAGUAUAAUUUAGCUGUUUUGCUAGAUUAAGCUUUAGAUGGUACAGUGGAUGAUAUGCAUAGUGUUUGUCACUGACAGACUAAUAUUUUUUACUUACCCUUCUAAAUGAUUAAGUAGUUUACUUUUAUGUUGGGUAGCUUUUUGUAUUUACUUUUCCUUUCAAUUUUGCAUAGCAAAUGAUUUAAUGCACAAUUCUGUGUAAUCCUGUGGGGGCAACAUUUUUUACCUUUUAUGCAAUUAGAAAAUUUCAAUAGCAGAAAGUACAAAUUUUAAAAAUAUGAUGUACUUGACCCAAAGUGAAAAAAGGAACUAACAGAGCAUGAAAAGAGAUGCAAACAGUAUAUUACAGGAACUCUGGAGAAAUAUAUUUUUGCAUCCACUACCUCCAUCCCUCAAUCUGCUACAUGUUGCUUAUGCUGCUCAUUGUGGCCUCAAUCUGCUACAUGUCAUUGUAUUUUUUUCAUUUUGCUAUUUAUUACACGUGGCUCUUGUGUAUCACUUUCUCAGAAAAUGAAAACAUUAGUCCAUUGUCAGUAAGUCUCCUAACGAGCUGCUGUUGAGUAUGACCAAUUUACCUUCGUUGUUCAUCACUGGUGCUGUUGGAUUGUAUCCAAAAGGUGUGCUUUUCAAAGGCCUCUUUGCGUCAUGGCUUUUCUAUUCCACUCUAGUAUCGUCUUGUUUAUGAAACAGCCAUUAAUGUACAAGAUUAGUUUCCAAUUGUAAUUCCCAGUUUCAUCGAAUGUGGAGGACGAAACAUUUUUUUCACAGCAAUGAAGUGCCGCUUGUUUUCCAAUAUCUCUUGCAAAAGACAAGGAGCGUUAUAAAAAAAAUGUUAUUUAGAACAAAUUUUAACCUCUAAAUUCAGAUACAACAUGAAUCUGAAUCUUGACCCCCCCCCCCCUUUUUUUUGUUGCAAAGAUAUAGACCGUAGGUUCUGUUUUUAAAUACUUUCUUGUGUUAAUAAAGUAUGUUAACUAUGUUUUGUUAAUGAGUAAGUUAAAGUACUUUCCACAAUUUAUUCUCAGGUAAAGAUUUUGUUACUAAAAGAAAAAAAUCAUAUUUAACUUUGAAAAUCUGUGUCGGAGAGAAUCUAAUGUGAAAUUAUGGAUUUAAAAAAUUCUGUAUAAAAGUGAUGAAAGGUUACCAUAUUUGCCAGUGUGUAAGACGUACCCAUUUUUUCAAGAAGGAUUUCAUUCCUUAAUGUUAAAUUUUUUACAUUAUUUUUAUGAAAGGAAUAGGAAUUACAGCCUGUGAAAAGUAUUAAUCUUUUCUUCGUAUUUCACCAUGAGUCUUUAUGUUGUUUUUUCCUAAUAUGUAUGGAAAGAUUAUGCCUUUUAAGAAAUCUUCUAUGCAAUGACGACCCAAUGAACGUUUCAGUUUUCUUUCUCCCUGCAAUACUUGUAGCUUGCGUAAUAAUCAGUGUUUGUAGAAAUACAAAUUCCUGUUUUUCAGUGUACAAAAAUUUGAUUUUUGUAAUUCUAUUCAAACAGUUUCAAAAAUUCCACCCGUUGUGUAAGACGCAUCCUGUUUUUUUAACGAAUUAAUGAAGGAAGAAAGGUGUGUCUUAUAUGCUAGUAAAUGCGGGGUUUAAAAAAAAAAAAAAAACUGACUACAUGAAGGUUGAAAAUGCAUUGCCCUUGGGGAAAAAAAUUUUGUAACCAGAAAUACUGUAUCCUAUAAUGAGGCUUCACCUUUAAAACUAUUUAUUUUUCCUUUGUUUAUACUGUAAAAUAUGAAUACUCGUUUCUGUUUGCUACUUAUUGUAGUUCAACUUCAGUACAUAAGAAGUAUCUACUGUUGCUACAGUUACUGAAAUUUAUAGUUUCAGUUCAAUGUUAAUACUCAAUGCCUUGUGCCUUAAUCUCGCUGCAUUUGCUCAAUUGUUCAUACAUUCCACUGUAUUUAUAGUAAUGCCUUGAUAUGAAACUGUUGUAAAUUAAUGCAUUCAUCUUCACAGAAGAUAUGUACAGAUCUUUCUGCAAGUAUUCUUUGUUAUUUUGAAAGGUGUGAGAAUGGUUUUUAUAUUUGUACUUCUAAGAGUUUAUAUCUGACUGAUUUUUUUACCUGUUUUACAAUGUUUUGUAUUUUAUUUUUAUUCUGAUAAAAUAAAACAUUUUUGUAUCAGGUAUAAUGCUUCUGAGAAAAGAGUCUGAUUUAACCAAACGAAUAUCUUACUUCUCACAAAAGUAGACUUGUCCAGUUUUCCAAGUAGAUUCCAGUUGUCCCGAAAAAACUGCCAGGACACCAAAUUAGUCCAAUUUUUUUCUCCCAUCAGCGAAAGAAAAUACCAAUUUAUAGUUUUCUACUGAAGUUCAUGCAAGAAAACACAAUUGGAAUCUUUAAUGUUCACAUUUGUAUGCUGCACAUCUCACAUGUCUAAUAUUUUUACAUUUUAAUUGCUCCAAAUAGAUCAAGUAAAAAUUUUAUUUCUUUCCCCCACUUAAAUAUCAACAAUAGUGUAGAGGAAACAUUACUAUAAGAUUAGGGCAUAACUUUGGGGGGGGGGUUAACGCUGUUACAUGGAAGAAGGGGGCAUUGGU